AUGCCUCUGCGCAUCCCCCAUCCCGAUGCGCCUCUCCACCUGUACCGACACAUCCUCCGGGAGGCUUCCUACCUGCCGCCCCUGGCCCGCCCCUGGGCCGUCGACCGCAUCAAGGCCCGCUUCCGCGACUGCCGCCACGCCCGACACCCAGAUCGCCAUGUGCGCCACGCCCACCACCACCUGCGCUUCCUCCGCGCCGCCAACGCUGGCCACGUCGACCGCAUGCUGCGCAUCUGCUACAUGGCCACGGGGAGGCUGGGCAAGCGCCGCCGCCUGCUGGCUGACGCCUAUCUGACCACCGCCCCGCCCCCGGACUCGCCCGCCCUCGCCCUCGCAACCCCCCAGAGCCCCGGGAAGAGGCCCGGCGGGGACCGCCUGCUCCAUCCCACUUGGCUCGACAGCUGGGAUCUGCCCAAGAUCAAGGCCCUGGCCAAGUCUCAGUACGACCAGCAGAGCAACGCCACACUGCCCAAGGAGGUUCGCCGCACCUUGAACGUCUCCCCCACCCAGAACUGCUGGGGUCUGCCCGUCGGGCCCCGGGGCCUCACCAACAAGACAAAGAAGCUCUACGCCUCCGUCUUUGCCUCCCUCCUGCCCCCCGUCCCCCGGGGAGAAUGGCAGGCCCUGCAGUCCCUCGCCCUGGGCGAAGCCGACGAUGCCUCUUGGCAGAUCCCAUCCCGGAGGCCGGUUGCCGCGAGCACCACCACCACCACCGCUAACACCGCUACCGGUACAGCCCACGUGGAUCGGCCCUGGGACUGGGAAAAGUACGCAACCACGCCCAUACGCGUCCUCGAGAGGCCCAACGCGCGCAGGAGAAAGGCGCUCUCGGGCAGCCUGGACCAGGAUCCGCGCGGCCAAGGUGCCCCCAUCGGCCUGCGCGCAUAUAAGCCAAGGUCGCUCCGCCGCAACCUCUACGGUCGCAUCUGGGCCGCCUCGCCCCUCGUCACGACCAAGAACACCUCGUGGGACAUCACCUGGGGCGGAGCAAAUCCCAAGGUCUCCAAGCCGGCCUCUCGCGAUAUGCAGUUCUUCCGCGGCGUCGACACCAAGGGAAGCAUCAUGCCCUCGAGCCCCGGCCACGGUUUGAACGUCUCGCAGGUCUGA